AUGGUAAUGCCUAGGCUUGGUGGUCGAACGGCCCUGAUGCAUUGUAGUCAACGACUCAGUAGAUGGCCUGUCGCAUGCUCGUCGCCAGCGUGGCGGCCGAAUAUCAAGCUGACGGCUCCUCUUCCGACCAACGCAAUUCAGCUUCACCAGCGCCCAUGGCCACUUGCGCCCUACACGUCUCGAAGCGAUGGGAAGAGUACAAGUGCGACGACCUCGUCCAAGAUCGCGUCCAAAAUCCCUGCGUUCCCAAAGAAUCUCCAUGAAGAUAUUUAUACGAUCCCGAACAUUCUUACGCUAUCGCGACUCGUAGCCGCACCCUUCGUUGGCUAUUUCAUACUCCACGAUCAGCAUGCCUGGGCCCUAGGUCUUUUUGCCUAUGCAGGCAUCACCGAUCUACUUGAUGGUUGGAUCGCCCGCCGAUGGAACCUUCAGACGGUAGUAGGCACCGUCAUCGAUCCUAUGGCCGACAAGACUCUGAUGACCGUCUUGACGGUGUGCUUAGCUGCUCAAGGCUCUCUACCAGUUUGGCUCGCCACCAUCAUCCUAGGCCGCGAUGUUGGUCUUGCGAUAUCCGCCAUCUACUAUCGCUGGAUCUCCCUCCCACCCCCGAAAACCUUCGCGCGGUACUGGGACUUCUCUCUGCCCUCGGCCGAAGUUCGUCCGACGACCAUCAGCAAAUACAAUACGUUCCUCCAACUUGCCCUGGUGGGCCUGACGACGGCCGCGCCAGUCCUUACUUACGACCUUUCUACGCCACUGACCGUUCUACAAUACAUUGUGGCGACCACAACAGUCUGGAGCGGGGCCAGUUACGUCUUCAGCAAGGACGCAGUCAAGAUCCUUUCCGCCCCGAAGGACAAGCCAGCAUAA